AUGGACCAAACUGGAAGCCCCCGAACUGACAUCUAUGUGUUCCACAGCUUUGGCUGCAACAGACACAAAGAUGAAGACAGUUCAGUGAUUGCGCAGCCCAUGUUUGUCUUCAAGAAAGAACGACCUUGCAAGAGGCCUGCAGAAGAUCCAGUGCACAAGACUGAAAACGUUCCCAGUGGAUCCAGAAAACGUGCAAGAGCUUCAUAUUUUUCUUUUCAGUCCUCUGAGUCAGAGUCAUAUAGAGAAACUCUAUGUUCCAAGAAACAAGCAAGAACAUCAUCCUUUAUCAUCAUCCCAACAUUUCCACCUUCUCAGCCAGUAAAGAAGAACAAUGUGUUCAUGACUUCGGGGCUAUUAGAAGAAUGUAUUGAUGUGAAAGCAACAGAACAAGAUUUUCCAACAAGCAACAGACAAAGAGAGGUUUUAAGGCCUGCCAGACUGCAGCCGCCACAAGUGACUACAUACAGAAUAGAAAAAAAGAAAACUGCUGAAAAUCUUUUAGAGGAGAAUCAUGAAACAGACAAUCAGAUGUCUAAAGAUACCUAUGCAUGGAUUGGAAUUUCCAAAAAGCCUCCUCACCCACUACAGAUUUCAAGUUCUAGCACAACACACAAUCGGUUACCCAAAGACAGAACUUUCUCAGACAGUGAGCAUUCUAGCUUUGUAUUUGGAGAAAAUAUAAUAGAAAGAGUUUUGAAGCCUGAGAAAUCCCCAGAAUUGCAGUCCAAGGAUGGGCAGCAUAUCAGUGAAAAGGAGCCCCUCUGUCCCCCAGAUUUUCAUGCCAUACCCCUGUGGGCAACACCUCAUUUUUCUAAGGGUUCAACGCUAGCAGAAUCAGCUGCUGCUUACCUAUCUAGCAAAACUGCACAAGGAUAUUUAUUGGAAAAAAUAGAAAUUACAACAGGAGAAGAAGAGGAACACAACGUAUUGCAGAUCAACUGCAGGCUUUUUUUAUUUAAUAAAGCCCUGUUAUGCUGGACUGAAAGAGGCAGUGGCUGUUUGAGACUAAACGAUACCUCCAGCAAUCAACAUGGACUGCUUCAGUCAAGACUGGUUAUGCGAAAUCAAGGAAGCAUGAGGCUUAUUCUUAACACCAAACUGUGGACUCAGAUGGUGAUAGAAAGAGCAAACCGGAAGAGUGUGUGUGUCACAGCAACAGACCUGGAGGAUGGUUCCAUCAAAGUUUUCCUAAUACAAGCCAGCACAAAGGACAUUGAAUCCCUCUAUGCAGCCAUCCAUCACCGUCUUGUUGCUCUGAGAAACUUUACAAAGCAGGAAUUUGGUGUAAAUCAGUUGGAAUACAAGCUGGAUGUUCAGCCAAUAUCCUGUGACAGCGAUGAUGAAGAGAAUGAAAAAAGAGCUCCAGGGAGCAACAAUAGAUCAG